AUAAAGCCCCCAAUCCUCAUCACCAUCUUGGCAACAGUAUUAACCGGAACCGUGAUUGUCAUAAUAAGCUCACACUGAUUACUAAUAUGAAUAGGAUUCGAAAUAAAUAUACUAGCUGUCAUACCUAUCCUGAUAAAAAAGUUUAACCCCCGGGCCGUGGAAGCAUCCACAAAAUAUUUCCUUACACAAGCAACCGCUUCCAUAGUAUUUAUAAUAGGAGUCACCAUUAACCUUCUCUAUUCCGGCCAAUGGGUGGUAUCAAAAGUCUCAAACCCCGCCGCAUCCGCAAUAAUAACCAUCGCCCUAACAAUAAAACUAGGUCUAUCUCCGUUCCACUUCUGAGUCCCAGAAGUAACACAAGGAAUUUCACUCACAUCUGGCAUGAUUCUACUAACAUGACAAAAAAUCGCACCCAUAUCCGUUCUCUACCAAAUUUCACCAUCAGUCAACACCAACCUCCUGACAUUGAUAGCCCUCACGUCAAUCCUUGUAGGGGGCUGAGGAGGAUUAAACCAGACUCAAUUACGAAAAAUCAUAGCAUACUCCUCCAUUGCCCACAUGGGCUGAAUAACAGCAAUUAUCAUCUAUAACCCAACAAUAACAAUCCUAAACCUAAUCCUAUAUAUCUUAAUAACCCUAUCAACAUUUAUACUAUUUAUACUAAACACAUCCACCACAACCCUAUCCCUCUCCCACGUAUGAAACAAAUUCCCAUUGAUAACCUCCGUCAUCCUGGCCCUAAUAUUAUCCCUAGGGGGUCUACCGCCACUAUCCGGUUUCAUCCCUAAAUGAAUAAUCAUCCUAGAAUUAACAAAAAACAACAUAAUCAUCACUCCAACACUCAUAGCUAUCACUGCCCUAAUCAACUUAUACUUCUACAUACGACUCACAUACAGCACUGCACUUACCAUAUUUCCAUCUGCAAACAACAUAAAAAUAAAAUGACAAUUCGAACAUACAAAAAAGAUAACUCUACUACCCCCUCUCAUUAUCACCUCUACUAUAUUACUCCCACUAUCACCCACACUAUCAAUCUUAUACU